AUGGCCCAGAAACUUAAAGAGAUUCUCGGACCACAGGAUGGGAUUUUGUCUUGUGAGGAAGAACUUGCUCCGGUGUUUUGCAAGCCGAAGCUUAUACCGCUAAAGUCGAUCACAGUAGAGAAACUCGAGAGGAUGCAACGCGAUGCAACUGAGAAGGCACAAGCUGCUAAAACUGCUGAAAACGACAGCGGAGAAGGGGAUGCUACCGACCACACUUCUACGGGGCAGAAAGCGAAGCCAGAUAUAUGGUCAUCUGAGCAGGACAUCUAA